AAUUGCCUCCAUGGGGGGCGGAGGAAAGGAAAUCAAAGCUGCCGCAGCUGAAGGGUGUGCGAGCACGCUGGGGAAGAGCCGAGGAGCCGCAGGACAGGAUGGCAACGGGAAGCCCGGCGGCAGCGGGAAGCCCGGCCUCGGGAAGCCCGGCUGCGGCGGGGACCGCUGCCCGGGCCGGGCCGGGCCGGUCGGCUCCGCGCUGGCCGCGCUCCUCUCGGCGCUGGCCGCGGCUUCCUGCGUCUACCUGGGGGUGCGGACCAGCGACCUCCAGGCCAGGGUCGCGGCCAUCGAAGGCGCCCGAGGGGGCUUCUCCGCCGCCGCCCCACUCCCACCGCUGCCCGGCUUUUCCUUGGAGCAGCUGAACGCGAUGAUGCAGGAGAAAGUGGAGCGACUUCUCGCCCAGAAAUCCUACGAGCACUUGGCAAAAAUACGAGUAGCGAGAGAAGCGGCUCCAGAGUGCAACUGCCCACCAGGUCCUCCAGGGAAAAGAGGUAAGCGGGGAAGAAGAGGAGAGACUGGACCUCCUGGUCAGCCUGGUCCUCAAGGCCCUCCUGGUCCAAAAGGCGAGAAGGGAGAUCAAGGUGAUCAGGGCCCUCGGAUGGUGUUUCCUAAAAUCAAUCAUGGGUUUCUCUCUGCUGAUCAGCAGCUCAUUAAACGCCGCCUCAUUAAGGGGGACCAAGGACAAGCUGGACCCCCUGGACCUCCAGGGCCACCAGGACCCAGAGGUCCCCCAGGAGAUACUGGCAAAGAUGGUCCUCGUGGGAUGCCCGGCUUAACGGGUGAGCCAGGAAAACCAGGAGAACAAGGAUUGACAGGACCUCAGGGGCCUCCAGGACAAAAGGGUUCUGUCGGAGUGCCUGGUGUUCCAGGGAAAGAUGGACAAGUGGGUGAACCUGGUUUGCCUGGCAUAGCAGGAGAGAAGGGAGAAGCAGGGCUCAAGGGUGACCCUGGAGAAAGAGGAGAAAAGGGGGAGGCUGGUGAGAAUGGACUGAAGGGUGACACAGGAGAAAAGGGUGACCCUGGCUCUUCUGCAGCUGGAAUUAAGGGUGAACCUGGUGAAUCUGGGCGGCCUGGACAAAAGGGUGAACCAGGCCUUCCUGGGCUUCCUGGACUCCCUGGAAUAAAGGGUGAACCAGGUUUCAUUGGUCCACAAGGAGAACCUGGGUUGCCAGGGCUGCCAGGAACAAAGGGUGACAGAGGAGAGGCAGGCCCUGUUGGGAAGGGUGAGCGAGGUGAACCUGGAAUCCCUGGACCAAAGGGGAAAACAGGUGAACCUGGAUCUAGAGGCCCCAAAGGGUCAAAGGGUGAUACAGGUGAGAGAGGUGACACAGGAUCUGCAGGUCCACGGGGACCACCUGGACAGAAGGGUGAUCAAGGUGCAACAGAGAUAAUUGAUUAUAAUGGAAAUAUCCAUGAAGCUCUGCAGAGGAUUGCCACCCUGACUGUCACGGGACCACCAGGACCACCGGGACCCCAAGGGCUGCAAGGGCCAAAGGGUGAACCAGGAUCCCCGGGAGCUUCAGGAGCUGAUGGAGAGCAGGGUCCUAAGGGCUCAAAAGGCGACACAGGUGAUCCUGGAAUGCCUGGAGAAAAGGGAGGAAUUGGACUGCCUGGCCUACCAGGAGCCAAUGGCAUGAAAGGUGAAAAAGGAGACACUGGUUUGCCUGGUGCCCAAGGUCCUUCAAUGAUAGGACCACCUGGACCACCAGGGCCACAUGGUCCUCCAGGCCCCAUGGGACCUCAUGGACUGCCUGGCCCAAAGGGUGAACCAGGGUUAAAUGGUCUUAAAGGAUUGAAGGGUGAACCAGGUCAAAAGGGUGACAGAGGGCCCCUUGGUCUUCCAGGAGCAUCUGGCUUAGACGGGAAGCCAGGAGCCCGGGGCAUAGAUGGCCCAGUUGGUCCCCAUGGCCCUGCAGGUCCCAAAGGAGAGAGAGGUGAGAAGGGAACUGUAGGUGACCCUGGACCCAGAGGACCAUAUGGCUUGCCUGGCAAAGACGGCGAGCCUGGCCUUGAUGGUUUCCCUGGUCCUCGAGGAGAAAAGGGUGAUAUAGGAGAAAAGGGAGAAAAGGGAUUCCGUGGAGUUAAGGGGGAAAAAGGGGAGCCAGGCCAGCCUGGCCUGGAUGGGCUGGAUGCCCCUUGCCAAUUGGGUCCUGAUGGAUUACCAAUGCCUGGCUGUUGGCAAAAGUGAUGAAUCUAACCUUACAAGCAUGAAGUUGUGUAUAUAGUGCUCCACUUUUUUUAUUUAUAGUUGAGAACUGAAAAUUUGAUUUUGCGAGUCUGAGAUAUGUUUACAUGUAGCUGCUUCUACUUGUUUGCAACAGUCCAUACAUACAUCUUUUUUUUCACCUACAUCUGCAGUUAGACGAUACAAUAACUGCAGGAUAAACCUGUAAAGAUUGUCUCUCUAAUGGGAGAGAUCUCAAAACAAUGAUCAAUAAUAGAAAUUAAUAUUUCUGUAAAUUCUUAUAUUUUGGCUUGUGGAUAUGCAUGGACAAUGAGUGCCAUGAACUAGUUUACAAGAAAUUGUGACCAAACAAGAGCAAAAUGCUAUGAAAUGUACUGUACCAGCUGCUGUUGGAGUUUAUUGACUUGGCUUUCAUGUCCAUCUUAAACACGUCACUGAUUCAUGACACCGCAUCUGCUCGUAUGAACUAAAAGCAUGAGUUUGUGUGCCAGACCUGCUUGCUGUGUGAUCAUGAGUGGCUAUUGACGGUGACCUUUGAUUCCAGCUUCUGAGUCAUUUCCUUUUGUCAUCUCAAGGGAGUCACACCAUGGCUCAUUGCUAAAAAGAGAUAAACCAGAGGAGCAUAGAAAGAGGCCUUGAAUUUUUGGGGAAUAGCAUUCCAGCUGCAGGUGGAUGGCUUCCAUGCUUGUGGGAUACGUGGCCCCUUUGCUCAGAGAGGGUCCUGCCUGUUGAUCAGCAUCGGUUUGCCUUGCACUGCUCACAGUCGUGAAGACAUUCACGAUAGGCCCUGUCGAGUCCUUAAUCAAGAGGGACAGAAGUUUGAGGAAGAAACCAGACUUAUCUGUGGGUUGUUUGAAAAGGUUACAGAGGUGCUGCAAGGAUCAUUUGAUGGCAGACACCACCUGAAACCAGAUGCUUCUCAACCUCACUCGAGGACGGACAGAGUGUAUACACUCUGCAUAUUGUAUUUUGGGACUGCUGGAGGAGAAAGCACUCCUGAGGUGGGGAUGAAUCCGAUCAUCCUCCAGAGGAUGGAGGAUGGAACAAUGGAACUGACCAGAGGUGUAUGUAUUAUGGUGUGGUUUUCAGGUUAUUCACUUUAAAUUACACAUAACUAGCUGAACUUCUCUACGGGACUUUGGAAGCAAUGGUUGGUUUUGUUUCCUUUUCCUGUUUCUGUUGCCAUGAAGAAUGCAUUUCAAUCAUCUAUUCAACAUUUGUGGUGACGGCAUUGAACAUAUUCAUUUUGUUUCAGUAUUAGCAGUUUUUAUUUCAGAGUCUUUGAAGCCUCUAAGUCUAGAAAAGAAAGAGUUUAUUUUUGUGUUUCACAGAAUGAUGUAUUCAUCUUGCUUCUUUUAUUUUGUUAUGGUGAUUUUAGUGGACAUUAUUGCUCAAAAAAUCUUGGAGAGAAACAAUUCUGUGUGAUUAUCACUGCACAUUUGUCACCACGCUCCACUGUUAAAUGUGUUGAUUUUUCUCCCUUUCUGUUCAGAUGGCUUUCUAGAGAAACAUUUCCUUCUCUGCUUUUUUUUUAUUGCUAAUACGUAAUUUGUGCACAUUUGUAGUUUUGCCACGAGGUAUUUUUUACAAUUUUGGGUCUUCAUAUGGUGCACUGAAGUUAGUUUGAGAGUAUAAUUUAUGAGAAAUGGUGCCAUAUUUGGCAGAUGGAAAUUCUUUUUAUAUCACUUCUGUUCCUAAUGUAUAUAGCAGGAUCAUCCCAUUUUUAGAGGCUUUUUUUUUGAGGAGUUGUCUUUCCUAUGUAGACCAAAACUAAAGUUGAAGAAGACAGCUUGUCUCCAUUCAUAUGAGGGCACCUUAUGCCCUUCUUGGAACGCACAUUUUUCCUUGCUCCAUCAGUUCUAAAUCAUGUGAAGAUGGGGUCACACUUUUUGUAUUGCUUCACAAUCUCAGAUCAAUGGAAAUGCCACUAUAAUGGAAUAUUUCUCUUUGAUGAAUCUUUAUUGUCAUUUUGGUAUAUUGGAGUCAAACCCAGCCUUUCAUUGAGGAAAACCCAGAUUUUUAAAGCAAGAGGUCAAUUUAGUGGCCUCCAUAUGUAUUUUUACUGCUCAGUUUUGUCUUUCCAAUUGUAAGAAAUAAACAGAUGUUCACAGAUAUAGGAAAUAUGUUUUGUUUUCCCUAAAUUUUCAGAGAUGCAAGUAUCAACCUGUUAGAAUAGUGAUGGUUGCAACAGUGAAAACCUUCAGGAGGCACAGACAGAAUAUAAAACGUUAUCAGAGUGUUACAGGAACUAUGCCACUGAGGGCCUUUCAGAAGGAGGGCCUUACAGUAAGAUGAAAUGUUUUUAAAGGUCCUUCGGAGUAUUUAGAUGCAAAAUCAAGCAGGAUGUUUAUUAUCUGCCUUGAUGAUUUAGCAACUCCAUAUUGAGACUGUCCACAAACGCAGCUCAUUUAAGAAAUAGCAAGAAGAUAAAUAAUGCUGAUAAAUAAUUAGCACCUUCUUUUUCUUUUUUUUUUUUAAUUUGUGUACUUAUAUUUUUUAACUGACUCCUAGCAUCCAUUUCUGUAUGCACCAAUAAAGCUAGCAGAGCUUUGGUCCAUGGUUUUGUCAUUCAGGAAAUAAUUAUAGAUGCUACUGUUAAAUGUUAGUCAAAACUCAGCUCUCCUUUAACUCCCUGACACUGAGACCUUACUGAAGAAACACUUAAGCACCUUCAUUUGCUUUAUUUGCUGUCUUGUAAAUUAAUUUAUUUAAUAAAUCUCCAGCAGGUAGGAAUACUUUUUUUCUUAAAUAAUCUUACUUGGCUUUUUUAGCCUUUGUGUUGUUCAAUAUCCUGAAAUGUUCAUUCCUUUUAAAUAACCAUGAGUGAGCAUUAGAUAAACAAUUUCAUUUGAAAGGUUAAACUACAUACAUAGAUUACAUACAUAUUACAUAAUACUUGCAUCUCAGAUUGAAUUGAAAUGAAACUGAAACAUAUCUAGAAAAGUUGCGUGGUCAGUACAAGAAAAAAAAAAUAAUUUGGUUUAAUAUUUCGUCAAGAAAAGCACCCUGUGAAGACUUGCAACGUGUUUGUUUUGUUCAAGAAGCAACUAUUUCUGGUGCUAUUAUAUCUUUUUCCUUUUGAUGGCAAAGCUACAGUUUGAACUGCCAGUGUGUUGUUGUAUCUUUUAGUGGCAUUCCUCCAGAUAGGUAUGAUUUGUUUUGUUUAGUUUGUGACAGGAACAGUAGUUCCUAUACCAGUCUUUUCAGUUAUAGAACUGUGUAGUGGUAUUAGUCUACACAGUUUCUAUAUCCCUGACUUUUUCAGGUAUGAUUAAUCCUUGUUUCUUUGAGAGUUUUCAGUAUUUGUUUCAUAUGAAGUUUUGUAAUUAUCUGUUACUCCAGUGCAUUAAAACCCCAUUGUGCAGAAGUCCCUGCUACAGAUGCCGCAAAUCUUUUAAGCACUGUAUGGAAUAUGUCUGACAUAUAUGGUCCUUGUCUUCAUAUUCAUAGACUAACUAUGGGAAAGCUUUCUUUCAGGAUGCUUCGGAAAACUUUUUGUUUUUUCCUGCGGUAAAGCAUGAGAUGUUAAAUGACAAAACAAUGUAUUUUUGCUUUAUAUUUUUAUUUAUUGCUGGUCGUGAUGUCAUAUUCUGAUAGUGUAGCAAAGCAGAAUGAUACUUUUCAUCCAGUUGUUUGUAUAUUCUUUUAGUCUAUGGUGUAAGUAGUAUGAAUGAGUUUCAGAACACUCAAAUCCAUAUAUCUGCACAUGUGUAAAGUAUAGAGUUGGAAAAGGAAUAAUUCUUAAGGUUGAUGUACGGUUUGAAAAGUUAGCUUUGGCCCCACUGAGCAUCGCACCCAUGGACGGGGUGCGUGUGACCACCCGUUACUUGGUUAUGCCACGAGAGGGACAAAGCAACCCCAAAUGAGAUCAGCAGGCCUUUGGUCCUCGUGGGAGGCUGGGGGCUGUGCCAGGAUCCUGGAGCCCCGUGGGGUGUGGAGGGAGUUGUCCCAGUGGCCGCCCCAGAACUGGGAUCGCAAACCCAGCUCAGCCAUGCAAGGUUCCUCCCCUGGCUGUGCCUCCCCAGCCCCGGCAAGGCCAGGGAACAGAGAUGAGUCCUCUCCUUGCAAAGCUCUUUGAGACACGCAGGAGGAAGGACCCAGGUGUUUGGCUUUAUAACGAGGGGAGUAUUCCCACCUUCAGCAGUGGGGUUUUGCCUACAUCAGGACUACUUCAGUAAGAACUGCAGAGACAUUGUCAGCCUGUUUAUUGAAAGUGAUGAAGAGGUUCAAGGCAUGCAGAAGUUGACCCUUCAAAUUUCCUGAUCUCUGCUACUUGACCAUCUUGUAUUACAUUUUUAAAUCUCUGUAUUUUACCUAAUGAGAUUCCUACGUUUUCACACUAAAGGCUUACACAAAACACAUCUGCAAAGAUAGUGGUCAAAAGAAAGUCUAAUCUGUAGUCAUUGCAAAAAUUCUAUUUCAGUGACUGGAAUUAAAACUAACACUUGAUUUUUUUUCUUUUCUGCCAUUUGUUUUUAUGGAUGUUAAUGUUGCUGUAAUGUACAAAUGAAGGUUUUCUUGCACCCUCUGUUAUUAAAGUAUUUUACGUGGUGGUUGGAUUCAUUAAAUGCAGUUAGAAACAAGUGCCUGCCACCAUCAUUUCUGUAAAAGAUACUCUACAGAACAAAUGGAGUUUGUAUUUUAAAAGGGAUUUGGAGUGUUGUUUUUGUUUCAUUUUUUUUUUAAAUGCAUCCAGUUAUCAAUGCUGCUUGGAAAUUGAAUUUUCUUUGAAAGCAGGGGGCCUUAACUUAACCUGGGACCGUUAGUGUUUUACUUGUUUCUAUUUUAAAAAGAAAUUGUAUGAAUUUCCCAGAUCCCAUUGGUACUUGCACACUUCCCUGAAGUAUUAUGGAGAGUUGGGUUGGUGGAAGAAUGUUUUACAUAUUGUUAACAUAUAUGUGGGUAUUCUUAUAUUAUUGUACAUGUUUGGGAAAAUAUCACACAACUUUAAAAAUGUUGCUAAGAUGUAUGUAUCUGAAUUUUUCCUUUGGAAAAUAUUAUAUAUUUUUAUUUGUAUUUUUUACUUUUUUAAGUUCAUCUAUAUGUGCCGUUAUUUUUGUAUUGAAAAUGGUCUCAUAAAUGAGGUAGAAGAGAUAAAGAUACAAAGAAAAGUAAUUUGGCAAGGAUUUCAGUGUUUGGGGGGAAAAAAUACAUGGGUCAGCAUCAUAUUAUCAAUACUAGAAAUAUUUUGAGUGUCUUAGCACUGUAAAUAUGUCACAAGACCUCUUUUGAUGAGUAGUGUAAAGAAUUGCAAGGUUUUAAUCACCCAUUUUAAUUUGUUAUAUUUACCACUUUCUUGUGGCCACUGGUCUGGACUUAAUUGAACCCGAUCAAACAGCAUGCUUUUGUUUUUAUUAUUAAAAUUUCUCCUUGUUUUUCAGUUGAAUAUUGUUUUGUUUUCUUUCAGUUUUGUACUUUGGGUUUUGUUUCUUGCUUGUGAGAAGUUGAUCUUCAGAAUUAUUUUUACACUAUUUAUGGCUUAUUUUCAUAAUGUAAAAAGUGUGUAAUUAUUAAAAUAUUAAUCCAA